AUGUCGAAAAGGGCCUUCAGCUCCUGGCUGCGCCCCGGCGUCCUUUCAGGGGUUUCCAAGGGAGUCUGCGCAACUACUCCUCAGCCUCAACAGUCGCCCGCGUCUCAAUGGCGUCGCUUUACCUCAAGAACCACGCCGCGCCAGCGACCCAUCGUCCUGGCCGCCGGCGCUGGCGAAGUAAAACGCCACGACGGGACCUCGGAACGCCCCUGGGUCACUUACCGAACCUCCGUCUACGACAUCACGGACUGGGUCGCCGCGCACCCGGGCGGUGACGUCAUCCUCCGCGCCGCCGCCGGCCCCGUCGAGCCGUACCGGGAUAUAUUCAGCAUCCACCGCCAGCAGCUCGACAACGUGCUUGCCAUUCUCGAGGGCUACAAGAUCGGUGAGGUCGACGGCGCCGACGUGCCGCUCCUCUCCCAGGGCGACGGCGUGGAUGAUCCCUUUGCUGACGACCCACCCCGCGACCCCCGACUGAGGACCCUUACCGAGCGCUCGCGCAACGCAGAGACGCCAGCCGAGGGGCUGGGGCACUUCGUGACACCCACGGAGCUGUUCUACGUGAGAAACCACAUGUGGGUCCUCGUCGUAGAUGAGGCGGGGGGUGCGGACGGGCAUGCGCUGACGAUCGAGAUGCCGGACGGCGAGGAGAAGGUAUACACGCUGGGGAAGCUGCGGACGCGGUUUGUCACGCACAAGGUCACGGCGACGCUGCAGUGCGCGGGGAACAGGAGCGGGCUGCAGUGGGCCACGGGCGCCAUUUCGACGGCUGAGUGGGAGGGCGUGCUCCUCCGCGACGUGCUGGCCGAUGCCGCGGGCUGCGAGAUGAGUGUCGCGAACCUGCCGCCGCCCGAGAGGCACGUACACUUGGUUGGAUUGGAGGCCUACGCCGCGAGCAUCCCCGCCGCCAAGGCGCUCGACCCGCUCGGCGACGUGCUCCUCGCAUUCCGCAUGAACGGCGCGCCCUUGCCGCGGGACCACGAAUACCCGCUGCGCGCCGUGGUCCCGGGCAACGUAGCAGCACGGAGCGUCAAGUGGCUGCGGCGCAUCGCACCGUCAGACGAAGAAUCGCCCUCACAGUGGCAGCGGCGGGAUUACAAGGCCUUCUGCCCGGGUGAGGGGUCGAAACCUGAUUGGGACUCGGCACCGGCGAUACAGGAGAUGCCGGUCACAUCAGCGGUCACUGCCGUGAGGGUGGAGGCCGCGGGGGCCCCGACCGACCGGGGGAGGCGGGUCAAGGCGGAGGGGUACGCGUAUUCCGGGAAGGGGAGGGAGAUUGUGAGGGUGGACGUGAGCAUCGACGGCGGCCGGACGUGGAAGACGGCGGACCUAGUGAGGGAUGCGGCUGUCGGCAAAAAGGCGUGGUGCUGGAAGCGGUGGCGGUACGAGGGGCUGGUCGCAGACGGCCAAGGCGCGGGUGGUCACGGGGAGGCUGUGCGGCUGGUGGUGAAGGCGACGGACGAGGCAUACAAUACCCAGCCGGAGAGCCACGCGAGCAUCUACAAUGUGAGGGGGAACCUGGCCACGGCGUGGCAUCGUGUGGAUGUCACCGUGGAGUAGAGGGACCACAUACUUUCCGUGACUGUGCACGACGGUUCGUUCAUGAGCGUUGGCGCACGUCGGACAUGGAGAGCUGUCAGUGUGCUACAUUUUUAUCGAUAAUAGUAACACGUGAUUAUCUUGACCCAAAUUAACCAUGACAUUAGAC